CGAACUCUGCGAUUGACUCGCUCAACGCGAAGCCGCGAUGCUGUCGACGAAUCAUGCGCCACCCACCGUGGAAGUGAACCCACUCAAGUUGAUCAACCAUGACAACUUGCGUGACCUCAAUUCUUUCCUUGGACUUGGCGAGCAAGUGCAAACACCAUACACAUUCCCCCGCUCCAAGGGCGAGAUGGUGCGGCGAUUUCAGCGGAAUGUCAUCUACUUCGUAGCCAACUAUGCUGUGGUUAUCUUCUUCGUAACAUUGAUCAACGCGCUCGUCGUCCCUCAGUUUCUCUUCAUCUUGAUGCUCAUGGGCGCGGGAUGGUAUUACUGCGAUAAGUUAGCGACGGAGGAGUCGCAGAUGACAGGACCGACAUUCAUCUUCGGUGUGCCGACCACGACGGAGCAACGAAAUGGUAUCAUGGCCAUUGUCUCGAUUGUCCUUUCGGCCAUUUAUGGAGGUCCUGUGCUCUUGUACGCUGCUACCACGAGGUAAUGCACUCAAACUCUUCGAAGAUCGUUUGAUGUGUUGUUAUGCUUCCAGUGCGUUCAUCUGUGUUUCCCACGCAUGCCUUCGCAAUGCGCAGCUACCUUCCGACGAAGAACUUGUGCAUUUACUGCAACUAAAGCCCGAAGGCAAUGCUCCCGUCAUUACGCCGUAUGGCCGCGACAAUGGCUACAUUGUCGUCUAGUACGGCGCGUCUAUAUCUAUCGUCAUCGUAACGAAAAAAAUUCCAUUCGAUUGAGCUCGUGUUCCUCUUGCA